AUGGCUUUCAUGACUGUUGACUGCUCUCGUCUUGUCUGUGACUCUUAUGGCCCUGUUUUGUAUGUUUGCGGAGCUGCGUUCUGCUACGCAUUCCGUUGGUAUUCUACCAUUAAUACUUGUCUACUUAACGGUAAAUUACAGACAUUAAACGCACGCACCCACACACCCGCACAUCCUCGCCGAAAAAGAGACCGUGCCAAGGACGAUGACGAGUACGAGGACCAGUGUUUCAUAUUGUAA